GAACGCUGGGGCGGCGCUCUCCGGGCAACCGGCGGCCCAUCAGGACACGCUUCCGGGGGUAUGACAGGGAAAAAGAAAAAGGGGGAAGGGGAGGGCGUCAAGGAGGCCUUCGUGCCGGUCAAGGACGAGGACCAGCGCGAGGCUAUUCGCUGGUGCUGCAUAUUCAAGUACUUGACGAAGGGUCAGACGCUAGAGAGUUGCAAGGGCAACUUCAAGAUGAAGUGCCGCUUCUGCGACAAACCACCUUUCCAGGGCAGUCAGGCGCGGGGUGCUGAGCACUUCACGAAGGGUAGGUGCCCCAAGGUGACACCAGAGGUCCUCGUCGACAUUUGGAAUACCACACAGUACCCUUUUGACCAGCGGCGAGAGAGACAGGUGCGGGAUUACAUGGAGUAUCGUGGCAUCCGGAAUAACAGAGAGGUGGGAGUUGGAGUGCUGGAGGAUGACGAGGUGCAGGAUGUUUUGGACAGGGAGGGGGCAGACAACGAGGGAGGACAGUGUGGCGGCGAGGACGAUGAGAUGGACACAGGGGCGGAGGGUGAGGGCGAGGGACAGACAAAGGACACUGGUGAGGACGAUGUUCAGGAGUUAGGAGCGUCCCUUAGGGGGGGAUCAUUGAAGGCACGACGCACUGCUCAUCAGACAAGGACUCGUGCGCCUAUGGAUGGCCGUGGGAAGAGGAGGGCGGACACCGCUCCUGCGGCAUGCGUGCCGGACCCGAAACGUUUUAAGCAGGUCAGACAAGAUGAGAUGUACGACCCAGAGUGGCAGACCACCUUCGACCAUCUCUUCCUGCAAUGGUGGUAUAUUGGUGGUGUCCCAUUUGAGAGGGCGAGGAUGCUCGAGUACAGGGCCCUCACGAGACAUUUGCAAAACAUGCCCCGGGGCAUGAAGCCUACUUUGCCCCAGUUCAAGCGCAUAGCAGGCAGUGGCAUACAGGAGGAGCGUGCGUACAGAGCUGAUAAGCUACGUGACAUACGCGAGCAGAUGCAGCACACAGGGGCUACCAUCAUCACGGAUGGGAGGAAGUCCCUGAACUCUGAGCCCAUCGUGAACUUCCUGGCAGCAGGACAGUCGGGCGCCUUCCUUUUCACGACGGUGCGCAGGGAAGGGGUUGACGCAGAGACGACAAACGUCGUCUUGCAGUGCUGGAAGAAGGUGUUCGAGAAGUUCAGCGUGAAGAACAUCAACGCCAUCUGCACGGACUCUGCAGUUUAUGUCGCCGUCGGUCGAGCGCUUUGCAACGAUACCGAUCCAGAUAUCCGUCGCAUCCCUUGGCUCCCUUGUUCUGUCCAUUGCUACAACUUGAUGUUGUCAGACAUGGUCAAGGAUAAGACAUGGGCCAUCGACUUGUUGACCAGGGCGAGGGCGGUUGUCCGAUUCAUAGAUGUUACGGAUCGGCUCUCGCGUUGUUCAGGAGUUACAGCGCGAGGGCCGAUCGCGAUGCACGGGCGGACCGUUUGGGUGGCAGCGCCGCGGGCGGAGCACUUGAGACGAUGCUGUUGGAGGGGGAUUGGGCGCGACUUCCAUGGGAGAGGAGGCUGCUCGGGCAGGCCGGGUGGGUGCGCACACAGCGAUCAGCAGAAGAAGGUGGCGGAGAUGACACUUGAGUACAUCUACACGCAGACGGGCUUCGACCGGCAGGGAGACAGGUACAGGUUGGUCCGUCAGCAGUUGUACGACUUCCACGCGCGCGGGCCGAGGUAUGAUUGGGGUGGGGAUGCAGGCACUGGAGACGAGGACACGUGCGAGGGGCCGGAUGAGACACAGGCCAUUGCUGAUUGGUGGGUUUUGCACGGCAGCUGUGCCCUUGAGCUUUGUGCCAUCGCCACACGUUUGAUGUACACGUGGGUCUGCGCCUCUCCUGCGGAGAGGAACUGGGCGUUGCACGAGCGUAUCCACGAAAAACGCCGCAACGGGUUGGACUUCACGAAGCUGACUGAAAUGGUGGAGAUGUGCGCGAACAAAAAGCUCCUGGCGUGUAGACAGAGGAGGAGGGGACUUGUUCUGCCAUGGGGUGAUGUUGAGGAGGGGUUGGACGACGUCCCGGAGCCGCGCAGAUCAGGUAUUCUGCCGCCGGGGUCAUUGACGGACGAGGAGAUCGCGCGCCAGGCGCGCAGGAUGCAGUGUGCCUCGACGGUUCGCCACCCCCUUGCGGUUCAGACUGUGUUUGGUCGUCGUGCAGCUCAUAUCGAGCUGUACAACGAGGAGAUCGAGUACGAUCCACCCACGGACCCGCAUGCUGCAAACGAGAUGGAGGCAGAGCCGUGGACGAACCCGGAGGACUUGGAGCAGAGAGGCAGUGACACACCUGAUGUUGGUGACGAGCCCGACGAGGAGAGUGAUCAUGAGGCUGCCGGUGAUAUGCGUUCGCGGGAUCGGCAGAGCCAUUGUGAUGUUGAUCGCAUGACCCCUCCCUUGACUAGGAGUGCGACAGAUAGAUGGCGCAAGCAGACACAGGUUGUGCGAUCGUCGACCGAGGACGAGGGAGGUGACAGGUCUGACGACGGAGAUGCCGCCGAUGACGAGGACUCCGACGUCGAGAGAGAGGGACCCGACCAGGACAGAGGACAUGGGGACGAGCAUGGAUUCGACGGCGGUGACGACAGUGGGCCGAUUGAGGACGGAGCGGGUGGCGCCUUCCUUGUUACUCCUGGCCCCAGUGCAGUGGGCGGGGGCGGUAGUGGCGGACAUGGAUUUGGUUUGGAGGUACCACAGGGAUCGAUUCCCUCAGGCAUUUUCAGUGACGGCUUCGACCUUGGACGUCCACCCACUUCGGAUGCUCGGCGCGACGGGGUGCGUGUUCAGACACCGGUGAGCGAAGUCGCACACCUCAUAGGGUCGGUUUUUUGUGGUGCUAGUUCAGGUUUGUUGACAGAGGCUGCCAGAGCGCCAGGCGAGAUACAGGAGGGCAGGACUGGUGACGACGUCCGUCGUGUUGCCAGGAGGCUACAUAUGGACCCCGAGGACGUGCUUGAGGAGGAGCGUUUGGCACGGAUGGUGUCGGGGUGUGCCACGACACAGCAGCUUGCAUUGGAGCAGGACACGACCAGGGCGAGGGAGAUGGGGUGUAGUGUAGAGGAGGUCACUGCCGCCAGACUGGCAGCAGAGUGUAGACACGAUGGUCCUGCAGAUGUUGCAGAUGGUGGAGGACUCUGCACAGAGGGAUACGUGGUGGAUCGUGCGGACGACCACCAGGAGGACGCGAGGGUAGGGUUGCGUGGUUUACGUGGGGCCAGCGACACGCUACUACCCAGUACUGAUGAGGCGGACGGGGGCGACGGUGCGGCCACGACAGACGCAGGGAGGUUGCUUGGGUGCGAUCGCACGGAGGUGGAGGGGCAGGUGGAUAGAGCACUUGUCGGUGUUGUCGUUGCCGCAAUGGUGGAUGUGGUCGCAGAUCACACUCAGGAUGGUCUUGUCGCGGUGGAUGCUAUGGAUGCACAUCGCAGCGAGGAGGAGCGACAAGUGGACCCCGGUGACGUUGUUGCACACCCUGUAGAGGCACACGUGCCCAGCAUGUCCCCACUCGAGCGCCAAACUGCUGGGAUUGAUCCAGUGAUGGGCAGAAACAUGCAUAUAUCGAAGAGGCUUUGGAAGGCUAUGCCUCCAUCUUCUUUCGUGCCUGUUAGUCAGAGGGUUAUCAAGCCGGGAGGGGUAUCAUGGGGAGCAGGGCCAGUUGCUGCAGGGACACGACCGGCAUGUGCAGGGGCGGUGAGUGGACGGGGAGGUGAGUCUGGUGGCAGUGUUGUGGGCGGGGGAGGUGGUCCCGAAGUUGUCGGCGGACGGUCGGGCCUUUCGGGCGGGAGUGUUGGUUGGGGAGAGGGUUCUGCUGCGCCGGCGACGGCAGGAGGGCGCGGGCAGGUGCAGGGUUCUCCAUCACCUUCAUCAAAGGUGAAGGGGAAGUCUGUAUCGUGGAGCGGCAUCAGCAGGGUCACCCGCAAACUCAAGGAUGUUAUGCCUGGGGUCACGGGUGAGAGGAGGGAUCGUGAGGGGAGGUUGACAGAGAUGUUUGCGGACGCAGCAGGCUGGGUACGGAAGGGAGAUAGGUUGGAGCAUCCUGGUGCUGGGUCGUCGUGUGCUGCAGAUCGACGGGGCAGCACGAUGGUUGCACCGCCAUCACGACCGCCCACAGCAGGUGCGGCACAGCGAGAUGGUCAUCGACGUCCGAAAGGGCGAUCUUCAACACAUGCUUUGCCAGGUGUCCGACCACCCCCAGCAUCGCUGGAGGAUGACCCUGAUCCUGUCACUUUGCAGACGAGUCGUGGAGGUUGUAUUUCUACUGUACACAGGAUACUGAAUGAGGAGCCGCGACGUCAGACAGGUACAGGACCGAGCAGUCGUCGAGCUGCUGGGGGCCGCACGGAGGAUUCCGCGACGGAUGGGGUGCCCAUUCCUAGGGGUAGGAAGACGUACACGACUUUGACUGAUGUUUUGGGACGUUCUGCUGGAGCGGGUGUUGAGAGAGAGGCGGAGGUCCAGGAGGCAAAGAGGGUGGCAGCCAGAGCAGUUGGCAGUCAUGUCGUGUCUGCGUCACAACAUCCAGGAGAGGGAGAGGAGACGGCGGCGAAGGUACCACAAAGGCGGCGAGAGCGCAUCAUCGACGAUGAUGACACAAACGACGGGCAGUGCGAUGCGCCAUAGAUUAGGACUUCGAUUUCGCGCCGAUGAUGUUUGUGUGUAUCUUUCUUCAUUUAGAGU